AUGAGGCCUGAUGCCGUCUACUGCCGGCACUGCGGGGUCAAGAGAGCGGAGUGCGAGGCCUCGGAUCCGGCGAGCUCGCCGGGAAACCUUGCGGCGCCGCAGGCUGGCUUUGGCCUUGCGCCCGCUGCCUUGGCGCCUGCGCCUCCGGCGCCGGCCUUUUCCUGCAGGCCCCUGGGCCACGGCGUGAGCGACCGGGAUCGGGACCGUGAUUGGCUGGACGGUAGAUCACCCAAGGCCAACCCGCGGGCGGCUUCCUUCCAGCGGCUGAACGGCUUCCUCCUCAGGACCCACAUGACCAGCUUGCUGUCAGCGCUAGCUGAAGAUGGCUGGCUAGAGGCCUGGGAGAAGGAGCGUUUGUGCUGCCACGCGCGGGAGCCGGACUCGAAGUGGGCCCAGACCUUCCUGCGGAUCUACAUGCGCUUCAUGGAGACGGAUGAUGUAGCCAGCUUCGUGGCAGCUUUGAAGGCGCAGAUUGCCUGA